AUGGAGAACGGCGGCGGCGGCAAAGGCAAAGGUGACGUCCCCGACGACGCGAAUGAGCAUUGCCCUGGAACGCAGUCGGAGGAGGCGGGGAAGGCGGAUGCCUGCGCCGGAUGCCCCAACCAGCAGUUUGCUCCACCACCCCCAAGGGCCCCGAUCCCGAUAUAUGUGGGCCCUAGCAUCCCAAAAAUGUUAGGCCUUGAGGGACAAGAUAUUCAUCAAAGCAACCUUGGUUGGUCGCCUGUGUAUGUUGAGUCCAACCUUGGUGUGAUGUCGAUUGGUUUCAUGCUGCGUAAUCCAGAUGAUGCUGUCAUAUGGAGGGGUCCUCGCAAGAAUGGACUGAUCAAGCAGUUCUUAAAGGAUGUCGACUCGGGGGAGAUUGACUAUCUCGUAGUGGACGCUCCUCCAGGAACAUCUGAUGAGCACAUCUCGAUCGUGCAAUACCUGCAAGCCACAGGAAUCGAUGGUGCGAUAAUUGUCACGACUCCACAACAGGUCUCUCUGAUUGAUGUGAGGAAGGAGAUAAACUUCUGCAAGAAGGUUGGUGUCCCUGUCCUAGGUGUUGUGGAGAACAUGAGUGGCCUGAGGCAGCCGCUUUCAGAUCUCAGAUUCGUCAAGCCAGGUGAGGCAGGCGAGACAGAUGUGACAGAGUGGGCCCUGAACUAUAUCAAGGAGAAAGCCCCUGAGCUUCUGUCAGACAUGGCCUGCAGUGAGGUGUUUGAUAGCAGCAAGGGAGGCGCCGAGAAGAUGUGCCAUGAAAUGGGGGUUCCUUUCCUUGGUAAGGUGCCCAUGGAUCCGCAGCUGUGCAAGGCGGCCGAGGAAGGGAGGUCAUGCUUUACUGAUCAGAGAUGUAGUGCCAGUGCGCCAGCUCUUCAGAGCAUUGUGAAGAAACUGAUCAAGACCGAGUGA